AUGGCUCAUAACAAUGAGGCGCCCAAAGGGGGCGCAAGUGAUAAUGGACACCAGAAAGAGCCGAAGUUCUAUACGACGUCAAAUGGAUGCCCAGCAAGAAAGCCCGAAUCUUCUCCCACAGCUUCCAAUAUGCUACUUCUACGAGACUUCCAACUCAUUGAUCUCUUGUCGCAUCUUAACCGAGAGAGAAUUCCAGAGCGAGUUGUUCACGCCAAAGGAGCUGGCGCAUUCGGAGAAUUCGAGGUUACGCAUGAUAUCUCAGACAUAUGUAGUAUUGAUAUGCUGAAUGGAAUUGGGAAGAAGACACAAUGUCUUGUUCGCUUUUCCACUACUGGCGGCGAGCGUGGUUCUGCUGAUUCUGUUCGCGAUGCUCGUGGGUUUGCCGUCAAGUGCUAUACCAAUGAGGGCAACUGGGAUUGGGUAUGGAACGAUGUGCCUUUCUUUUUCAUCCGAGAUCCCAUCAAAUUCCCAAGCAUGAUACACGCCCAAAAAAAGGAUCCUCGCUCUAAUCUGCGAGACCAAACGAGAUUCUGGAACUGGGUUAUUCAGAACCCAGAAUCACUCCAUAUGGUGAUGUGGCUGUACAGCGAUUACGGCACUUUCUCUUCGUAUCGCCACAUGAACGGAUAUAUGGGACAUGCCCAUAAAUGGGUGAUGCCAGAUGGAUCGUUUAAAUAUGUUCACAUGUACUUGGAGGCCGACCUAGGGUAUAAAAAUCAUUCUGACGAAGAUAUUCCACACAUGACUGGCAGCGACCCUGAUCAUGCUGCUCGAGAUCUUUAUGAUGCUAUUGAACGUGGUGAAUAUCCGACAUAUACAGCCAAAGUGCAGGUUAUUGACCCAGCAGAUGUCCGAAAGUUUGGAUACAACAUCCUAGACAUGACAAAACACUGGGAUAUGGGAACAUACCCGGCCGAUCUAGGGACAGUUGGUGCCAGGGUAUUCGGCAAACUCACGUUGAACCGAAACCCAGAAAAUCACUUUGCUGAAAUUGAGCAAGCCGCGUUCUCUCCAUCUCAUUUAGUUCCCGGAAUCGAGCCUUCAGAAGACCCUAUGUUACAAGCGCGAUUCUUCGCCUAUGCAGAUGCGCAGCGUUAUAGGCUUGGAGUCAAUUAUCAACAAAUUCCGGUCAAUCAACCAAAGAAUGCUUUUAAUCCACUACUUCGAGAUGGAGCUGCUUCUGUCUUGGGAAACUACGGCUCUCACCCAGGUUUCAUGACUGCUGAGGACAAAAUGCAGUUCCGCAACUUUGACAGCACGUCUACACCUGAACACAAAAAAUGGCUGGCUGAGAUUGCGUCGGAGUCAAGCGAGAAGAAGGAAGAACUGGAUCUUAUGUUUGCACGUACCUUUUGGACGCACUUAGAUGAUCCACAGUACGAAGGCUGGCAGGACAGGAUGGUGAGAAGUCUUGGCCGCGAUAUUGCCAGCGUUGAAAUGGAGACGAGAGACCAGGUUUUCCAAACCUUAAAGAGAAUUCACAAUGGAUUAGCGGCUAGAGUAGAAGAGGAGGUAGAAAAACGUCUUGCUCAAGCGAAAUCACACCUUUAA